AUGUAUGGAAGCAACACAUUCCUUGCAAACAACUCUCUGUCUGAUAAUUCCGUCGUGAUCAACAGUACGAGUCCAUUAGCAGAUCAGUUAACAAUCCCAGAUCCACUAGCUGGUGCUGGUGCUGGUGCUGGUAUGGAACUAGGUCCUGCUGGUAGUUACUGUACUAGUAGUAACUCUGCUAGUGGGUGCUGCAGUAGCUACGGUUCGCCAAGUUCACUUGCAAAUGGCAGCUGCAGUAUUAUCCAGAGGAGUAUUAGCACUCAUUCGUUUCAAAAGAAUGGGUAUCAUUGUUAUUUCACUUCUCACCCCCAUGAUUUCUUGGACAUGGACACCAGCCCAGUUAGAAGGGUCUUUAGCACUGGUGAUUUGCUACAGGGUCACAGAGCAGAGAGCCCAUUGUCGAGUGAGAGCAGUUUGAUUAUAGAGAGUAUGAGCAGAGCAUGCAAAUAUAGUCCAGAGGAGAAGAAAGAAAGAAUUGAGAGGAAAAUAUUGGCAGACAGCAGACCACGAAUCAGAGGACGGUUUGCAAGAAACGAUGAAAUUGAAAAAAAUCCUCAACUUCAAUGGAGCAACAUAAGUGGAGAAGAAGAUGAAGAGGAUGAUGAUAAUUGGACACAUUUUCUUGAUACAUUCUUAGCAAAUUCCAUUCCUUGA